CUGACAACUCUCGGUGAACAUUCAAAUCGAUAAAUGAUGUUCGCGCGCAGUUCUAGCAGAAAUGGCGGAGCUCGACAACCUGGAAUAUUUCCUAAAAUUUCCAAAACAAGGUUUUUGUUACAACCAAAUUGACGAUAAUGAUUUUGUGUUUGUUGUGAAUGAAAAAAAAGUACCAGUUAUUUUGCUGUUUGGCUGGGCCGGAUGCAAAGACAAAUAUUUAGCGAAGUACUCGGAAAUAUAUGAAAGAAAGGGGCUCAUUACUCUGAGGUACAUUGCCCCUGUGAAAUGCCUCUUUUGGAAAAGAUAUCAGAUGAUUACUAUAGCAGAGAAUUUAGUGAAGUUUUUAAUUGACCUGAAUUUCGAUAAUAAUCCCAUUAUUGUUCAUUGCUUUUCUAACGGAGGAGCUUUCAUGUACCAAAAUUUUUCUUUGGCGUUGAACAAAAGUCCGAAACCUCUACAGAUCAAAGGAGUCAUAUUCGAUUCAGCACCAGGAAGGCGACGAAUUAUUAGUCUUUAUAGAGCAAUAUCUGCCAUUUUGCAGGGAAAUGUUUUUUAUAAUGUCUUCAUGUCAUUUAUAAUGACGAUGUUUUUAUCCACGAUAUGGAUAUAUGAGGUUAUCAGUAAUUGUAUUUAUCCGAGGCCAAACUUCCAGUCAAAUCCACUGGAGAAUUUGAAAUAUGAGAAGAACAAAUGGCCACAAUUAUUCAUUUACUCAAAAAAUGACAAUCUCAUUCCCCAUACGGAUAUCGAAUAUUUCGCAGACUUCAGAAAGAAAAUGGGGGUAGACGUUACUACUAUCUGCUACGAUACAAGUCUUCAUGUUAAGCAUCUGCCAGAAAAUAGACAAAGUUAUAUGAAAAGUGUUUAUAACUUCAUCAACAAAUGCUUGAACGGAAAAAAUUAGUUGGAACUACAGUGGAUAGUUACCCAUAAAUACCACAUUGGAAAGUACUCUACAGUAGAGCUGACUAAUUUAUUGUGAUGAAUGACUAUUUAGCACUUGAAAACAUAGCGGAAAACAAAUUUGAAUUUCGAAAGAAAUUAUUUUUUAGAUGAUUUAUAUUAUUUCGUUGGAAAAUGCACAAAUUUGAGAAGUUUAUUAGAAUUUUAUUGUUGUAUGUUAUAAUUGUAUGUUGAGUUAUUAGGAUAUACCAAUUGUUUAUUCAUUUUCAUAUAUUUAUUCGAUAUGUAUUGAGAGUAUAUUCACUAUCAGAAAUUAUUAUUUAAAUUUUAGAUUAUUCUGGUGAAAUAUACAAAAAAAACGAAUC